UUUAAACCAAAGGGAAAAAAUAUUAAGCUCUCUUCCUAUUGGGCUUUUUUGGUUUGAACCUAGAUUUAGUAAACGCAUCUUUAAAAUGAAGCACAAAUUUUAAUCUCGUCGCUCCAAAAAUCCACUCAACCAUUCUUAAACUGGCUGAUGGCCAUAUUGCAAGUGGUGGACAACAUAUGGAUAAAUUGAGGAGAUUAUAUGAGCUAUCGGGUUCGUGUGGGCAAAAUCAAUUCCAAGUCAGUAUUAAGGUUAUCUUCAGGCCGAGCCAGUUUGGUUACAGCACCUUCAAGAUGCCUGUCACAUUGCGGGCUCGUGAAAGUUCUAAUGGCGAGAAGGGAGGUGGUGCGUGUGACCGAGUAGGUACAGAAAAACACACCAAACACCGGUUAUCUCGCUCUUUUACCAGCAUGAGGGACAGAUUAGACUUCCUUAGAGCUGAGGAUAACACAAGGGAUGAUGGACCACCGGAGUAUGAAGACAGCAUCGCCAUACCUAUGGGUGGAGAGUUUAUGGAUGAUUUCUUCCAACAGGCCGCAAAUAUCCGUGAAAAUAUCGACAAAAUCGCACAAGAUGUGGAGAGAGUCAAGAAGGCACAUAGCGCUGUGCUGUCCUCGGCCGUCCCUGACAAAGAGGUCAAAGACAACCUUGAGAUAUGUAUGUCAAGGAUUCAAAAAACAGCAAACACUGUUAGAAGCCGGAUCAAAGCAAUGGAGCAACAAAUCAAGGAGGACGAGAAGCAAGGGGGAUCAUUGCACAAUAACUAUGCUGAAGCAAGAAUAAAAAAGUGCCAGCAUGCAACAUUGUCAAGAAAAUUCAUAGAGGUCAUGAGUGAAUAUAACACCACACAGACUGAGUACAGAGAAUUGUGCAAAGCAAGAAUAUGUAGGCAGCUUGAAAUAACUGGGAAAUCCAAAACUAGCGAAGAAGUUGAAGACAUGCUAGAAAGUGGGAAUCCAUCGAUCUUUACAUCAGAUAUUGUUAUACAAACCCAGCAAGCUAAGCAAGCACUGGGGGAUAUUGAAGCAAGACAUAGGGAUAUUAUUACAUUGGAGAAGAACAUUCAGGAACUGCACGAGAUGUUUCAGGAUAUGUAUAUGCUUGUUGAGAGCCAGGGUGAAAUGAUAGACAGGAUAGAAUUCAAUGUCGAACAGGCUGUUGACUAUGUGCAGUCAGCGAAAACAGAUACCAAAAAGGCGUUGACAUAUCAAAGCAAAGCCAGACGGAAGAAAAUUCUCAUUAUCAUCUGUUGCCUGAUUUUAUUGGCCAUAAUAAUUGGUGCAAUAGUUGGGGCACUUAAUGGUUAAAGGCAUUUUUUUAGGAAUCACCGAUUAUUACACAUCCAUUCAAGAAUUUGUAAAUAAAAGAAAAUGCUGUUCACCAUGGCUUUUCAAGCCCAGGAAACAUCCCUUUAAAUGGCAUUCAGGAAGUGACAUGGUGUGGUGUCUUUUUGACACUUUAAAUGAGAAAGAUGGUGCUAGCUUAUUUUGGACAAAACAGUGUUUGAUUGUGAAGGAAGAGAUGAGAUGUACCUACUCACUUGUGAAUGCACUUAACCAGACACAGGGACCUUGGAGGGCUUUGGUUGGUUAAUUUGAGAAAGCAGGUAUCAGUUUGAUGAGGCUAGAAUUAUUCAGAGAUAAUGGAUGUUUGUUGAUUGAUUAAUGUGUACCCAAAAGAUUUGCAUGGACAGAAAGCCCUGGAAGGAUAUUACUCUUCAUACUGUACUUAGCCCUUCCUUCAACAGAACAGUUGCAGUCUCAGAACAAAGUCAAUUGUAAUCUAUCCUUCAUUGUGUUAGUUACAGAAAGUAUGAAUUCUUUUGUUUAUGGUGGCCAGAGAGAGGCCUCCAACUGGUCUUGGUUACUCUGCUAUACAUUACAAAUCAACCAUCUCAAAUAGGGGCUAAACUGUCUUUCUCCUCUUCCACAUAAUAUUCUGUUUCAUACAUGGCUUUUUUAGGCAAGUGCUGACAACUCAAACCAUUGUUUUGUGCAUUUCAAGCAAUGCUUGGUCAAUACUUGCCUCACAUUCAAAGUGUUGUUUUUUUGGAAAAGGAGGGUUAAAAGAUGGUUUAAGGAUUAAAAAUUAUUUGUUUUUGCUGGGCCAUAUUUGAUUGUUUUAAAUGUGCAUCAACAAGAAAUUGUUUAGGGCUAAAAGUAUGAAACAAAUCUUGUCUUCAAUGUCACCCCCAAAUUUAAUCCUUACAAGAAAUAUUACUCCUUUUCACUGUACAGAGUACCCCAAAAUAGCUGAUAAUAUGUUAAAUAUUAUGACCUAAAUCUGUAUGGUCGGGCUGGCAUACUAAAAUUAACUCUGGACUUUUGUGGGUAUUAUGCAUCUUUUAUAAAUAACACAAGAUAUUUGUAUAACAAAAUGGAAUGAACUUUAUUCAAAUA